AUGUCCAUACUCAUCACCGGAGCCAGCGGCUACGUUGGACAAGAACUCGCCGCAGCCCUCCUCACCACCCUCCCAUCAUCGACAGUAACACUCACGGACGUUGUUCUCCCCACGAUCCCCAAGAGCGCAGCCCAGCAUGCCUCCCGCGCACAAUGCAUCGAAGCAGACCUCACGAACCCAAGUGUAGUCGACAGCCUCAUCACCUCCACCAACCGCUACGACACCAUCUACCUCCUCCACGGUAUCAUGUCCAGCGGGUCCGAAGCGAACUUCGACCUAGGCAUGCGCGUCAACCUCGACGCAACCCGCUACAUCCUCGACCGCCUCCGCACCGUCACUCCCGGCGUCAAAGUCGUCUUCACCUCGAGUCUAGCAGUAUACGGCCUUGCACCACCAGGCUACAUCAUCAAUGAGAGUAACUUCCCCGCCGUGCCGUCCUCGUCGUACGGAUCUCAGAAACUCAUCAUUGAGACACUGCUGAAUGAUUACUCCCGUCGCGGGUUCCUGGAUGGUCGUGCCGUCCGUCUGCCCACUGUUACUGUGAGGGCGGGAAAGCCGACACAGGCGGCGAGUAGCUUCGCGAGUGAUAUUAUUCGGGAGCCGUUUAAUGGUCGGCCUGCGGUGUUGCCGGUUGCUAAGGAGACGGAGAUGUGGAUUUGUUCGCCGGCGACGGUGGUGAGGAAUUUGGUCAAGGCGAGGGAGAUCCCGGCGGAGAAGUUUGGGGAUUCGAGAUCGGUCAACUUGCCUGGGUUGAAGGUUAGUAUUGCGGAGAUGUUGGAGGCGUUGGAGAGUAUUGGUGGGAAGGAGAGGAGCGAGUUGGUGGAGGAAAGGUAUGAUGCGGAUAUUGAUCGGAUUGUGCAGACGUGGACGCCCAAUUUUGAUACCAAGAGGGCGUUGGAGUUGGGGUUUGUGGGGGACGUGUCAAUGAGGGAGAAUGUGGAGAUGUAUGCGAAGAGUUUGGGGAGUGAAUAG